GAAGGACAGCGGAAGUCCCCCUGUUGUUUUUGUUACCGGAACACUCUGUUAGCAUCGUUAGCUUUUAGCAGCAGUCCGUGAGUCUUUGCAGUUCUAUUUUCUCUGUCCCCGCUGUUGGUUUGAACAUGUCCCGGGUUCAGAAGCUCCGAGUCUUCGUCAGUCAACGGUUGAACCUGGCGGUCGAAGAGAUUUUGGCGGCUUUUGAAAAAACGAUCGUUAAAUACGAACAGGAAGCGGCCCUGUGUCAGGAGGUGAUCUCUCGCCAGCACGCGCUGCUCUGCGCGCUCCACAAACCUCUCAUGGCGGUCCCUUCGGCAGAUGCCUUCACUCAGCAGCUGAUGGGAAGUAAAGAAGAGGUUCACCCUGAGCAGCAGGACCAGGACCAGGCAGACCUGUGGCCCUCACAUGUCAAAGAACAGGAGGAAGAGCAGCUUCAAGACCUGGAUGCGGCUGAAAUCAUCGAGUUCACCUACAAUUCCAGUCGUGUAGUGAGGCCAGGUGAGGAAGUGGACCUGUCAGAUGCCGGGACUGCUCAGGUAGAACCAGGAUCAGCAGAUCCAGAUCAGGAUGUCCAGCUGGUGUUGUCUUCAGAGACUGAAGACAGUGAUGACUACAGCAAUGAAUGUGCUGACCCCAGGCCUGCUUUAAACAGACUCAAACCAAAGACGAGUCGUAGACCAGCAGGACUCCUCAGCUGCAGGGUCUGCAGCCGGACUUUUAAAGUUCGCAGGUGUUUAUUCAGACAUGUCAAAACUCACCUGCAGGAGGCGGAGCAGGUCUGUGGUUUGUGUGGUGAACAAUUUGAGACCCCCGACAGUCUCAGGCUUCACAUCCAGACUCAUUGGAGCACCAGGAGGAGGAGGGAUCCAGAGAACCAGACCAAGACACAGGGCAGGGAGAGGCGCUUUCAUCGUCGCUCAAACCACGACAGUAACACCAACGUCCACGAGGACCAGAAACCAAACAGGUGUAAUGACUGUGGGAGGAGUUUUCUUCAGGUGUGGAGGAAGAGAAAACACAGGUGCUGCCCCCGGGGAAAAAACCAGGACCCAGUGGGUCUGGAGGGAACCAAGAGGAAGAGGAAAAAGAAGACAUAAACACUUGAUUUGUAUUUCUGACUUCACACUGUGACAUCACUGAAGAAAAGGUUGACAUGUUGAUUCUUUGCCCUGUUUUUCUUCUUCUUUUUUUUUAAUCUAUUUUAAUUUUUAUAUUUCACAAGAGAAAAGGAGAGACAAAAAAGAAAAAGUAUUCUUGCAGAAAGUCAUAGUAUUUUGUUAUAAUUUAGUUUCAACAUCUCAGAUUGUCUCUCUUCUCUGCAGCAGCGUCCUGAGCUUCAUUCAUGUCUGUGUGGAAACAGUUUCUGUUGGAUGAAUGAAGAGUUCAGAUGAGACUGUUCACCUCCUGGUGCUCAGAGUUAACCUGAAGGUUCCUGUUCUGUCUUCAGCUGAUUUCUAAUAAAAACAUUUUUCUAGAUGA